AUGGCACCUCUGCUUGGGCCAUGGUUCCCCACUGACAGCCGAGGUCUCGAACAGGGUCUUGGCGAGGGACUUGAAGGUUAUCUGAUGAACCGGGGUCAGCCAGCAUCAGACAUGAGCGAUAUGAGACCAGGGCAAAGGGAGGAGCAAAAGGGAUCCCUGGACUCCCCCGGAAGGAGAAACAUGGCGCCGCCCAACUGUUCAGAGCCCUAA